CUGAGGAUCGCGCAGUCCUCUUGUCUGGACCCUCGACUCUGAUGCUCUUUCAUCCAUGUCCGUAACCGAAACAAACGUCAAAUCAAUUACGACUUUGUACGAGACACUCAGAGUCUUCCCGCAACCCACUCAGUGGACAAUCUUGGCGUCCUUCUUCCUUCGAGAUGCAUCCUCUUUCCAGAUCGUGUCCAUGGCCACCGGGACCAAGUGCCUUCCCGCCAAUAAGCUACCCGUGUCCGGCGAAGGGAUUCACGACAGCCACGCAGAGGUGCUCGCGCGUCGGGGGGCUGUGCGAUGGUUUCUCGAAGAGGUGAUACGCGUGCGAGAUGGGCUGGCAUCCAAGUGGAUCCAUCGAACGGAGACCGGACGCUUCGCUCUGAAUGCAAACUCUCAGCUGGGGAUCUACAUCUCCACUGUCCCCUGUGGCGACGCGUCGAUGCACUUUCUCGCGUCAUCUCAGGAUGAAGCCAUGGCUGCGCUCAAAGACGCUCAUUCCCGUGUCCCUGCUGCUGCUGCCGAAUCGGCCCUCGUGACGCGCGGAAGAGACGGUUACGGCGUUCUUGGUGUCCUUCGCACAAAGCCCGGCCGGGCAGACGCUCCAUCGACGGCGUCGAUGUGCUGCAGCGACAAAAUCGCAUCCUGGGCUUUCUUGGGCAUCCAGGGCGCUUUGGGGUCUCGUCUCCUGGAGCCACUGUACAUAUCCGAUGUUGUCAUCGGGGAGGUGGAUCCCGACAUGCAGGAAGCGGUGAGGAAGGACUGCGAGCGGGCUCUCUGGAAACGAUUGGAUGGGAUUCCUGCCUGCGAUAGGUUCUCACUUCACCCGCCGCGAAUCCAUUUCACUAGUGUCCCGUUUGUGCAUUCGCGCCGUUCUUUACCCGAAGCCGCGAGUUCGUGUCACGAAUCGCUUUGCUGGAUCUCCGACUCGCACAGACCCGCAGAGGUCAUCAUCAACGGAUAUAAACGCGGCGUCGCGCCGAAGCAUCGGCAGAAAGAGAAAUUCAGGCCCUCAAUCUGUCGAGCGUCCAUGUUGGUGCUAUAUCAAGAGGCUUGCGGGCAUCCUCCAGAUGAGCUCUCUUUGUACCAGGAUGCUAAAGAUGCGAGUGUCGACUACCAGCGUGCGAAGACCAGUCUGAUUGGGUCACGGGGCCCGUUUCACCGUUGGGUGCGCGGCGGGACGGUGCCUUUCCAAACUUGAAUACCUACCGCAGAGAGUGUCAUCAUAUCGCAGGGUUCCGAUUUUCUCUGCACUGUAAAUGUGUGAUGCUGGUCCGGAGUUUGAGUUGCGCAAAUUGGUCAAGCAUGGUAAUUUGAUACCAUCACUGCUGCGUGAAGACAUUUGUACACACUGUCCGUGCCAUCACCAUGUUCAGUCUUGUGUCUUCGGUUUCCUGUCUAUUUCAAACUGAUCCCAGAUUCUGAACCGCGUUUCAGCAUUCCCACUCCCACCUUGAUCUGUCCGCUGACCACGUCCCGCCUAAGAAGCCUAUCCAGCACCGCAACUGGCAGACUCGGCUUAUGUCCAUCUACAGAGAAGUGAUCGUGAUAGAGAUGAGGGCUCGACGUUGGAUUGACGCGGGUUCCCAUCCAAUGAUACGUCUAUUUCAUCGGGCUCCGAGGGUCGCACUGCUCGUCGUCUCUCGUGUGUCUCCUCUGCGGCCAUGAACAGCAGCAACCAGGACGUAGCCGUGGGCCCGCUCUUCGUCGGUCUCUGCCUCGCGAUCUUCUUCUUCGGCAUGAUCUGCAUGCAAACCAUCAACUACACCAAGUCGUUCGCCAAGGACACGCUUUACACGAAGGCUCGAGUGCGUUGGGGCUUGCCCAAGUUGUAUGCACGCUCACCGAUCGGCUCAUCGCAGGUUCUUGGUUUAUGGUAUUUCUACUGCCGUCGCCAGUCUCUUUGUGGCUCACGGGAGGGCCAAAGGACCGUGGACUUCCUCUUCACGAUGUGUCUUUGCGUCGGCGUGUACACGAUGGGCGUGAGCGACGAUGCGAACUACGACGCGUCCCAAGUCAGUGCGGGACUGAAAAUCGCGAUGGUGGCCGGGUCAUUGCUGCAUCACAUCGCCCAGGCUUACUACGUAUUCCGACUGUACCAGCUGAGCGGCGGGCUGCUUUCCCUUGCCAUCCCACUGUGGACGGUUGCUGCCAUCCUUGAAGGCCUAUCAUUGUCGAUGGCCGUGAAGAUACAGCAGACGAGCUCGAUUGUCGAGAUGGGGAGGACCUGGCAUUGGCUCAUUGACGUGACGCUUUUCGGAGACGCGAUCUUGGACUUGAUUUGCGCCGGAUUGCUUUCCUUUUACUACCUGCGGACCCCGCGGACGGAUUCGAGACACCAAGUCAGCCGCACAUUGAGUGAGCUGGUGCAUUAUACGAUCCGAACUGGCCUCUCCACAAGUCUCAUCGCCAUGGCUGCAGCAGUGUCUUUUGCAGUCAACUCCAAAAAUUACAUCUGGGUCAUGUUCUACAUCGUCGUCCCGAGCUCUUUCGUUGACUCGAUGAUCGUCAACGUGAACAACCGCAAAACCGACAGGAGUGUACGCAGUUCCACUGCCGUCAUCCGAAGCGUCGAGAACCACCGCACCCAAACGACCGUCAUCCAGUUUUCGCGGAGCGUCGUGUUGACCCGCGAUUUCGAAACCGGCGACCAGAUCCGCGACAGGAAGGAUUCGGACAUACAGGUUGAAGAGCGCGAUGCGGAUGAGGUGGCGCGCAGGUUGAAUGCGAAGACGCUGGAAUUCGUGCCCCGCUUCAGCCCGCUCCAUCCGGAGGCCGAGUCGGUCUCGGAUGUGGAGGUGUCGUCCUCGAGUGCAAAAUAUGCGGUGUAGAUGUAAUAUGUGAUAUAAUUUAUUGGGAGUACAGACCCGAGAGCAGAUCGGAUAUUAUCACAUCGGUGCUGAAUCCUGAUCCUGAUCAUGAUCCGCCCAACACAAAGCUCACGCGCUCACGCCCUGCAUCCAUCUAUCGUACACGGUAUCGACCUCACCUCGGUCCAGUCUCGGUAUCAGCCCACGCGCUGCGAGAUGUAAAUUUGGUAUCUCAGGCUUACGGCUCAGCAUCUCGGUGCCUCGUGAUCGACGCCCGAUCUUUCUCACGAGUCCCUCUUCUAUGGACCCUCUCACAUCUGUGGAGACUUGCGCAUGGGAUCAUAUCAUUGGCCGCGGAUCCGGCCCGUACAACUUUGCAAAUGCAUCAACGUCGAACAUCCAACCGUACAGAUUUGCUUAGCCGCCGGCAACCUCAGUCCUCGACGACGGCAACUCAGACCCCCGCGACAGGACUGCAAUAGUCUCAAUGAGGUAUCGAUGACGGCGAGUCCGUGGUCUAGUGGCGUCGACGACGCGUCUUGCGCUCUCGAGGACGCCUAGUCUUUUCCAACGAGCACACCCCUACACGUGGAGUCGUGUGUCCUCCGAAUCAAACCCGUACACCUUCUUGUUUCAGAUUCGACCGCUCAAACGACCUUCGACAGCCAGAGACAGCGAUGAAGAUGGCUAUCUGUCUGUGGCUCCCUCACCGUGCCACAUGCAGCCAGCCUAUCACGAGAGCUGCUAAACAGGCCAUGCUGUGCCGCUCAUGUUGUCGCUCGAUCCGAGCACCAAGUCGCGUCUACUUAUAACUUGGAUUGACGGGGGCCCGACCCGGCGAAAGAUGCAUCGAGGAGACGCGGGCAACAGAAGAUGAUGCUGAGAUGUACUCUUGUACGGCCAGGCACCUUCGACGAAGGCCUGAUUCCCCCGUGUCCCCCCUUCCUUCACUUCUUGCCUGCCCGGAGACCAUGCCGAUUAGCACGACCUUGGGCCCGUUUGUCAUUGGCGGGAUCUUCACAGUCUUUUUCUUCGGGCUGAACAGCGUCCAAGGAGCCAACUACUUCCAGGCGUUUCCGCGUGAUGGGCUGCCGCUCAAAGCUACCGUAAGGAUUUUUCGGCAGAGCUUGUGGGCCAUGCUGAUGGACUGUAGGUCUCGGUUCUAUGCACCUUAGAGUUCAUCUAUGCCGUUUGCUUGGCCCAGGGGAUCUACAGUCUGACAUUGCCGACUUUCGACCCAGUUCCUCUGGAUAGUCUGGAUUUCAAAACUCCGAUAGCAUUCAAUGUGGCCAUUCUCAUUGGAUCCCUCAUAAAUCACGGCACACAGGCUAGUCAAUCGCGAUCAUCUCACCAAACGCGUCUGCUAUGAUGAUACAGGCCUUCUUUGUGGCGCGAAUAUACAAAGUGACGAACAAGCUGUACAUCUCUGUCGCUCUGUGGUGCGGUGUCGCUGCGCUCCAAGCCGUGUCGCUGCUGCUGGUGGCCAAAGCAGUUCGAAGCAACUCCUUGUUGACAUUGGUCGAGAGCGAGAACUCUGUGCUCAAGGGAUGGUUUCUUGGCACGGCGGCGCUGGAUAUGACGAACGCUGCCGUCUUGUCCAUGUAUCUCGAGCUGCAAUCAAGAUUUGGUGUCACACGACGAACGGGAAUGGUGCUCAACCAGCUCGUGUUGUAUGCGACCAACACUUGCAUUACAACAAGCGUGGUCGCUGGUGCCACCGCUAUCUGUCUUGCCAUAUCGCCCGACACUUAUGUCUGGGCUCUGUUCUUCCUGGCCAUGCCUGGCUCCUUCAUGACCGCCUUUCUCGCAAAUGUCAAUAGAAACUUUAUCAGGCCAAAAGCUACUCGCGCCUUGUCGUCCAAUAUCGGGGCUAUGCACUUUUCCGCAAACCCGACGUUGGGGGACGACCGCCUCGGUGCUGGAUCGAUCUUGGCUGUGGGGUCGAUGAACCAGACGAUGGCUUCACGGUCUAUCAAAGAUGACGACGAGCUUGAUGCGGUCGAGAUGGAGAUGGACAAGAUCGAACCCGGCCGAAACCAAUCGUUUUUGCCGUUUUGAGAUUCUCCGAUAGCAGGACCGAUAACCAUAUUUCUCCGUAGUCUAUUAGGGCUGACGUCAAUCGGUCCUCGCUUGCGUACCUAGCACGGAGCCAUGAUGUAGACACCACAAUGACGCACACAUUCCCCCGCAUGCUUAAAACGCGCUCUCGUCUGGAGUACAGGCUCCCCACAACACAACACAUACCCCACAUGAAUCUGUUCACCCACUCCAAGCGUCGCCACCACCGAGCGUUCUACCGCCGAGAUCCAGACCGCGUCGCGGGAGGGUACAAGGCCGCACUAGCCAACCCCCGGACGACCCGCGAAGGCCGCAAACACGCUAAAGCCGAGCUCCACGCCAUGGGCCGCUCGGCGCACGUCCCGCUCAUGACGAAGAUCAGGCGCGCGCUGGGGAUCAGGAAGACACCGCGCCGGGAGCGCAAGGCGGAGGCGCGCCGGAGGGAGUACGAGGAGCCGAUUAUUCGAGUUGAGGACAUUCUCAUUCCUCCCACCCUGAUCCUCAAGAUGCUCUCCCACUUCGGACGUGGCUGCCCUACCGACCAUCUCAUCCUCCCAAACGAGCUCUGGUUCUCUAUCUUCACCCAUCUCCCGCCUGCCGCACUGAAAGACGUCUUCGAAACAUCCUUCCGCUUCCGCGAACUCUCGCGCAGCCUUCGUUACCGCCGGCUCGUGCUCGACCCACUCUGCCCGUGUUACGCAGGCCCCGGACACCAGCACGGCGCAGGCUGGAUCGAUGCCUGGCUCGGCCGGCUCAGCGCGCCCCCGAUCGCCACGCACGUUCUCGAGCUCGUGAUCUCGUUCCAGUUCCUGGGUGCGCUCUUCGGCAAGCCGACAGGCGUGCACUCGCCCCAUGCGCAAGCGUACGUCCGGCCGCUGCUCGAGGCAGUGCAUCAGUUCCCCCGGCUGCGGAAUCUCACGCUGCGCCUUCCGUUCGGGUGGGAGUUCGAUCUGGAUGCGCUGCCCGUCGGUCGGGUGCUCGACGAGCUGUGGAUCGAGGGAGGGAUCCUCCGGUCGUCGGCGCACGAAUCGCUGCGCACGAAGAGCUUCGUGUACACGAACUUCCCCCGCUCAUCCUCCCCGUGCGGAGAGACAGGAAACUCGUUCCUCGCCGCACUCGACGCGACGCACCUGGCUUCCCUCACACUAUACCCCAGCUUCGACUGCCACCCGACCGCCAACAUCGAUCCCGCGCUCUGCCGCCGCUUUGCUGCGCUUCGGAGGCUGGAAGUGCAGGGAUGCAGUGGCCCGUUCGUGCACGACGUGCGCAGCAUCGUCGCGGCGUUCCCGGCUGUCGAGGAGCUGGUUGUCGAUGGCGAAUACCCCUCGUGUCGCUGCGCGACGCCCGACCGGCAGCUGCCUCCUUUGGCAGCGCUCCGGUCGUAUACUGGACCAGCGGACUACGCCCCGAUCUUCCUCGCCGGUUCGCGGUGCUCGCGAGUUGUGUUUGACACAUUCCACACACAGCAGACGAUCGCGGCGGUGCUCACGCAGAACACGACGGUGUUCGAGAAUGUGACCGAAUUCGGAUGCAAGAUUCGGCUGGAAAGUCUGCUCAAUUCGGAUGUGCUGGAUAUUCGGCGAGCGAUGCCGAGGGCAAGCAAGCUGGAGCUAUGUAUUGCUGAUUUACUUGGGCCGGAACCACUUGACGAGGACGAAGACGAUUUAGAGCUGCAUGCGGAUGAUCUCUCUAAUCUACCCUGCAUUCUGGCAUCACAGCUGAUGGCAGCGAAGUCUGAUCCCUUGCACGUCACCAUCGACUGGGAGCUGUGCUGUGAAGUGGUCGACGUUCUGGGCAGUACGGGUGGACUUUCGAGGCGGAGUCCGAGAAUGGUGCUCAAGAACUGA